UCCAGUCGUCGCCGCUAGGGGCGGCCGCGGCCUCCGCAGCCGCAACAGUCACGAAGCUGAGCGGCCCGAGUUUCCAGUCGGGCCGUUUUCUCCGGCGGGCCCCAGCAUGGCUGCCUCCAGGGCUGCGGGCCGGGCAGCUGCUGCACUCUGGCUUUCCUGACAUCCCCUGGCUUCUGUGCUUCCCUUGCCUUCCCCGGGCCACCCCGGCAGACAUGUUUGCCAAGGUCUUUCGGGUCAAGUCCAACACGGCCAUCAAGGGGUCGGACAGGAGAAAGCUUCGGGCUGAUGUGGCAGCUGCUUUCCCCACCCUUGGAACUGAUCAGGUCUCUGAGUUAGUACCUGGAAAGGAGGAACUCAACAUUGUGAAGUUGUAUGCUCACAGAGGGGAGGCAGUGACGGUGUACGUGAGUGGUGGUAACCCCAUCCUAUUUGAACUGGAGAAAAAUCUGUAUCCGACAGUGUACACGCUGUGGUCCUAUCCUGAUCUUCUACCAACCUUCACAACAUGGCCUCUGGUACUGGAAAAACUGGUGGGGGGAGCAGAUUUGAUGCUGCCAGGACUAGUUGUGCCCCCUGCUGGUCUGCCGCAGGUACAGAAAGGGGACCUCUGUGCCAUUGCCUUGGUGGGGAACAGAGCCCCCGUAGCAAUCGGAGUUGCUGCCAUGUCCACAGCUGAGAUGCUGACUUCAGGCCUGAAGGGAAGGGGCUUCUCUGUGCUCCACACUUACCAGGACCAUCUGUGGCGAUCCGGAGACAAGUCCUCUCCUCCUUCCAUUGCUCCACUGGCCCUAGAUCCCGCAGAUCUCAAUGAAGAGAAGGGGUCUGUCCAGGUGAACCCCGCCCUGCAGGGAGACAUGGGGCGCCUGACCCUGGAGGGAGAGGAGGAGGAGAAUGGGGAGCUUCACCAGGCCAGUGGGGAGAAGUCACUCGCCGAAGCCUCAGAAGACACCAGCAUUGGGGGCCUGAACCAAGACUCCACAGACAGCAAAACCCUUCAAGGAUGUGGUUCUUGUCUUUUCCUUGCAGAGCAAAUGGAUGAAUUAUUACAGCGAUGUUUCUUGCAUGCUUUGAAGUGCCGAGUCAAAAAAGCUGACCUCCCUUUACUCACCAGCACUUUCCUUGGCAGCCACAUGUUCUCCUGCUGCCCUGAAGGACGACAACUGGACAUAAAGAAGUCAAGCUACAAAAAGCUCUCUAAGUUCCUGCAGCAAAUGCAGCAGGAGCAGAUUAUACAGGUGAAGGAGCUGAGCAAAGGGGUGGAGAGCAUUGUGGCUGUGGACUGGAAACACCCGAGGAUCACAUCUUUCGUCAUGCCCGAGCCCUCCCCGACCUCCCAGACUAUCCAGGAGGGUAGCAGGGAACAGCCCUAUCACCCUCCAGAUAUAAAAUCCCUCUACUGUGUCCCAGCCAGCAUGACCCUGCUCUUCCAGGAGUCUGGCCACAAGAAGGGGAGCCUGCUGGAGGGCAGUGAGGUCCGAACCAUCAUCAUUGACUACGCCAAGAAGAAUGACCUGGUGGAUGCAGACAACAAAAAUCUUGUAAAGCUGGAUCCCAUCCUAUGUGACUGCCUCUUAGAGAAAAGUGAACAGCACACAGUCAUGAAGCUUCCAUGGGACAGUCUCCUGACCAGAUGUUUGGAAAAAUUGCAGCCUGCCUAUCAAGUGACCUUUCCCGGACAAGAGCCCAUUGUGAAGAAAGGGAAAAUCUAUCCAAUUGACAUCACCCUAGCACAGAGAGCUUCUAAUAAAAAGGUGACCGUGGUCCGGAACUUGGAGACCUAUGGUCUGGACCCAUGCUCAGUGGCUGCCAUCCUCCAGCAGCGAUGCCAGGCUAGCACCACCAUCACUCCUGCCCUUGGGGCCAAGGACAGCCUGCAGGUGCAGAUCCAGGGAAACCAGGUCCACCACCUCAGCUGGCUAUUGCUCGAAGAAUAUCAGAUCCCUCGAAAAUACAUCCAAGGCCUAGAAAAGGCCCCCAAACCUGGCAAGAAGAAGUGACAGACUCUUUGUUUCAUGCGCUGGAUCCAGUGGAAAUCCAAGCUCUGGGGUGGUAAUUUUUAUGAGCAUUUUCAGCUUUUGCAAAUACAAAAUAUAAUUCUUUACCCAAAUAAAUUUUUAUUCUAAUCUAAA